UCCAAGAUGGCAGCGAGCAGUAGUAGCAGCACGGCGGCCAGUAAAACCAACAACAGCACCGGAGGGAAACAGUCUGGGCCCUCGGCGGAGCAGGUGGUUGCCGCAUUUCAGCGGAUGCGCCAGGAGCAGCGCAGUAUGGCCGCCAAGUCAGCUGAGCUGGAGAUGGAAAUCAAUGAGCACAGCUUGGUCAUUGACACCCUGCGGGAGGUAGAUCCUACACGAAAGUGUUACAGGCUGGUCGGCGGUGUUCUUGUAGAGAGGACUGUGAAGGAGGUUCUGCCUGCACUGGAGAGCAACAAAGAACAGAUAUCAAGGAUAGUGGAGUCGCUCAACACACAAAUGCAGACAAAAGGGCGGGAACUGACCGAGUACCGGGAACGCUACAACAUUCGAUUGGUGGGAGAGGAAGAUGGGCCGGGCAAAGCAGGAGCAGCAGCCAACCGGGAAAGUGAAGGGGGCGGAUCCAAAGGCGGGGCUGGUGUCCUGGUGUCAUAGGAUGAGGCGAAGCCCUGGAGAAAAAUCCUCCAGAAUGCCAUAGCGAAGGUUGCCACGUACUUACUGUAUUUGUG